UAAAGGCUCUUUCACUGAUCACUCCCCCGUUUCACUGAUGAUCCCAUCCUGAAACCGCUAGCUGGAAGACCACCAUGCAGAUACAGAGCAGCUUAUGUUUUGGAAUGGUUCGUUGAUUUGAACAUUUUCGUAAAGAUGCGACACUCCCCAAAGCUCUGAAAAGGUUUGAGCGAGGAAAACACAGAAGAAAAUACACGACGAGCGGUCGGAUUCGCUGGAACAAAGAUGCCUGAGGUUCGGGACCUUUCUGAAGCUUUACCAGAGAUGCCCAUGGACCCAAUCACUGGAGUCGGAGUUGUAGCCUCUAGGAACAGGGCACCCACUGGAUAUGAUGUGGUCUCUACAACAACAGACGGCCUGGAUGCUGACCUGUGGAAAGAUGGCCUUUUCAAAUCCAAGGUGACCCGCUACCUCUGCUUCACCAGGGUCUUCUCUAAAGAAAAUAGCCAUUUAGGCAAUGUUCUGGUGGACAUGAAGCUGAUCGAUAUAAAGGACACUCUGCCUGUGGGUUUCAUCCCGAUCCAGGAGACUGUUGACACUCAGGAGCAGGCCUUCAGGAAGAGGCGACUCUGCAUCAAGUUUAUUCCACGGGACUCCACAGAGGCUGCUAUCUGUGACAUCCGCAUCUUGGGACGCUCCAAGCAGGCCCCCCCACAGUACACCUUCAUAGGAGAGCUCAACAACAUGGGAAUCUGGUAUCGAAUGGGGAACGUACCUCGGGCCCAGGACUCCACAAACACACCAGCCACCAACAACAUCCAGAAUAUGAACUCCUCCUCCAGCUCAGCCCCAGUCCCAGCUGCUCCUAUGCCCAAGCACAUUUCCAUGACUCUCCCAGCCAGCUUCAGAGGGAAGAACACUACCAGACCGGACUACGAGCACCAGAACUCCAACCUGUAUGCUAUCUCAGCAAUGGACGGAGUGCCUUUCAUGAUCUCUGAGAAGUUUGCCUGUGCCUCGUCGGAUCUGCAGCAGGUGGAUCUGAUGGGCAUUACAAUCAAGUCACUGGCUGAGAUUGAGAAAGAGUAUGAUUACAGUUUCCGUACAGAGCACAGUGCAGCAGCUCGUCUCCCUCCCAGUCCAACACGGACCUCUUUAAGCUCUGAGGCCUGAUGAUCCCCUCCUGACCUCUCCCUAACAACACUCUCCCCUUAUGGACACCAACAGGAGAGACCUGUACACAACUACUGAGGACCUGCCCACAGCAAACAGUCCCAAACACCUGUACUGAGAAAAAAGGAACAAAACACUACUAACAACACUGAUGAGCUGGCUUGUAAAAUGAGAUGGAAUUGCCCAUUGUUGGACAAAACAGACCUUUAUUGGUCAAGGAAAUGGAAAGAAAUCUCACCUGUGAUUUAAAAAUAAUGUGUAUUUUGUCAAAAGAGGAAGUGUUGUUCAAUGUAAUCCAAAUAGCCCCACUCCAUCUGAAGGACUUAACCACAAAGAUAAAAGGAUACUUUAUUCUGAUGGAUCUGAUGGACCUGUUAGGCCUUUGCUCCCUGAAAUGGAAUGAGAGUCUGAGAGCAGCCAUCAUAUUUACCUUCCUGGUUUAUGAAACGCCUCUGCUCUGUCAUGGCACCAGGAGGGUACGUCAUCCCAGGGUUGGAAAUACAAAAGGAAGCUUCAUAUCAUGGGAUGUUUUAGCGUGUACUGGACUUCUUGAUGAAGAAGUAUUGUCAUUGUUCUCUAGAUGUUACUGUAAUAUACUGGUGUGACUGUGAGUGCACCUUGGGAAUUUCAGCGCGAUUCCUGUUUGCCACAUAUAUUCACUGUCUCUGAGCCAGCAGCUUGGCUAACUUCCACCACAGCCACUAUCACUGUUUAAAGGUUGACACACACACCACUGUUCUUAAGAUUUCUGUCAAGUGUUACUAUUGUAAUGUCUGCUAUUUUUUAGGGCUUGGUUUCGUUUUUCCAAAUUAGUGAUAAUAGAACACCUGAGUUUUAGUAACAAUACCAAAACAUUACUUUUGUCCAUACCUUACUUUGAAUAACUACUAAUAUACCUUUUUUAAAAUAUAUAUUUUAUGUGGAAAGAAGAGUUCCCCAUUUUAACUAACACUCCUCCUAAACAUGUUCUAAAAAAUGCAUUCAAAUCAGCACAACCUUUAGGGAUCGGUUUAAAUGAUUGUGGAAUCAGCAGUGCAACUCAGGCGGAGCUGCGAGCCAGUUACUUUUGGUCACACUCUGUCAUGUUUCAAAUGACUGCGUCAAACGAGUUACAUAUGCAAGUAGGGUUCUAUCAGUUCUGUCUAGCUCUAUUACACUAGCUUCUGCAACACUAUACAAGCUACAGUUUACUGUUCACGUGGAGUAUGCAGACCUUGAGAUUCCAAGUAGAAAUCUGCAUGAUCCUAACAAAGGGAACCAUUCAUCCGACUAAACCACUGCAGCUCUCACUUAGAUUGUCUUGAGCUUACGGGACAUUGUAUUCACAAAAACAAUGGGAUAUUAAAUGAACAACAAUAUUAGAUAUUUUAUUUGUUUGUUUUUUAUAUUAUCAUCCACAUGUUGACGUAAACACACACAGCACACUAUUUGUUGCCGAGUUUGGGUACUUGACAGUUCUGGAUCCUCCAUGCCACCGAUGCAUUUCAGUCCAUACUGAGAGAGGUUGACUUUGCAUACCCAGCUUUAGUUUCUUUACAUCAUCUGAACUGUCAUUGUCAAUAGUGUUUAACACACAGAAAGGUGUCACAGAUUGUUGGCUCUUCAUCAUCAUACAUGUUGUCAAGCAAAAGUGCUCUUUUUUUUAUUUGAUGUGAAAAAAACGUGCCUACAGAUCGUAUGUAUACGCUGUAACAGUGGUAGGCUUUUGAUUCAGUUUGUUUCCCUCUACCUUUCUAAACAGACUUUUUUUUGUAGCUUGAAUCUGUUUUAGGAGUCAGAAAACGUUGAUUUAGCCGUUGUAUUUUUAUUUUAUCCAUUUGACAUGUGAAAGAAAAUUACCAACUCAGAACCACUACUUGAGUUCAGUUCUAAUGAGGCUGAUGGGACACCAAGCAGGGGCUGGGAAGCAGUGCAACCCUGAACCAGACUGACUGUUCAUUGUCAGCCACACAAGCACAGUAUUUCUGUUCUUACAUUUCUUGUUACUUAUGAGCGUACAUAUAUACCUACUGAUAUUCCAGAAAUUCUCAAAUACUGUCCAGGCCUAAUCUCCACUUUUUCUAAAUAUGUUUAAGCAUUAUUUUGUUCUCAGAUCUCUUUUUGUGUUAUUAUAAUAUUGUCUUGAAAAGCAUCAAGGAUGAUGGUGAAGGACAGUGCCCCUGAUUUAUUUUGUUUAUUACACUCCAUUUGUUUCAUAAGAUGGGUGUUCAAAGAAAACAGUUUUACUUGCUUGCAUGUGUCUCUGAACAUUAUCAAGUCAUAAAUGCAUGGACGAACUUUA